ACAAAUUCACAAAAAUAUGUAGCCGUUGAACCAACAUGGGAAGACUACUCUAUUUCACUCUCUCUCUUAUACUCUCAAUUUCCAAUUUCCGGCGAACAUCCGCCGCCGUCGACGACAACACCCUCAAAAUAGGCUUCACCGCCGUCCCCGACUCUUCCAUUUCCAACUUCCAAUCUCUACUCAUCGAUUCCACCGGCAAUUACUCACUCGGUUUCCUUCGACUCGACCGAACCCAACUCAAUCUCGCCCUCAUCCACCUUCCAUCUUCCUUAACAAUCUGGACCGCCAUUAAAACCACCAACCUAAAAUGGUCCAAAACAACUAAAUUAUUUUUCAACGGCAGUCUCGUUAUUCAAGACACCACCUCCGGGGUAUCUUGGUCAACCGACACCAAUGGCGAUCGCGUUUGGAUCACAAACAACUCAAAUCUCAUCGUUGAUAAACGUGAAGAAAACUCCAUUUUAUGGCAAAGUUUUGAUUUUCCAUCUGAUACCCUUAUGGAAAAUCAGAUUUUCACUAGUACCAUGAAAUUGGUUUCGUCAAACGGGUUGUAUAGUAUGAAAUUAGGAUCCGAUUAUUUCGGUCUGUACUCCGCCGCCGGCGGCGGCGCCGGUCAGAUUUAUUUUAAACACGGUGCUUUACAGGCGAAGGCGGAUAUAAUAGAGGGUAAACCAAUUUAUAUUGUUAUAAGCCCAGAUGGGUAUAUGGGUAUGUAUCAAAACGGGUCAAAUACUCCGGUUGACGUUGAACCCUUUAGCAGCUUCCAACAAAACGGGUCUGGACUUCACAGGAUCCGACUUGAACAAGACGGGAAUUUAAAGGGUUAUUACUGGAUCGGGUCAAGUUGGGUUUUGGAUUAUAAAUCGAUUUCCGACCCGUGUGAGUUACCGAGUUCUUGUGGGUCAUAUUCGAUUUGUGAAGAAGGGAAAGGUUGUUCUUGUAUUGAUAACCGGACGGAAUAUAGGUCAUCCUCCGGCGGUUGUACUUCGCCGGGAAAUGAUCUUCACGGCGACUUUUGCGGUACCGGCGCCGACGCCGGCAUAUUGAGAAGGGAAGGUGUUGAGUUGCCACGUAAGGAAUUAAUGGCGGCGGAAAAAAUGAAUUCUCAAUCUCAAUGUGAGAAUGCAUGUGAAAGAAACUGUUCAUGUUGGGGGGCGGUGUAUAGUAACUCUUCUGGGUUGUGUUACAGGAUAGAAUACCCCAUACAGACUUUAUUAGCUAUUUCGGAUAAGACAAAGACGGGUUAUUUUAAGAUACGUGAGGGUGCAAGGGAAAUGGGUGUGGUCCCUAUGGGAUUAAAGGUUGGGAUUGGUUUAUUAAGUGGGGUGAUUGUUUUAUUGGCUAUUGGUAUUGGAUUUGGGUUUUAUGGGAUUUGGAAGAAUAAAAGAGAGGGUGUGAUUGGGUACGGGGAGGAACACGGUGCUCCUUCAGUUGGUGGACCGUAUAAGAAUCUAGCGGCGGCUAGUUUUCGUUCGAUUGAACUUUCUGAAAGAUGAUGACGCAUGGGAUGACGUAUAAUGUUAGUGUUUUCUCCAUUAAGGAGAAAAGAAAAAAGCACUAUGUGGGAUCCACUCCUUCAUGAAUCCUGUUGUGCAAGUUUCCAUGUUGUAUGAAUUUUUGUGAUUUUUUAAAUUUUCUUUUUU